AUGAUGCAAAAAGAGGCAGUGGUCGUAAGGAAAGCCAUAAUGCAUUAUGGGAAAAAGCAAGUGCUCAACGGUCUGAAUAUGACAAUUUCUAGGGGUACCAUAUACGGACUAUUGGGGGCCAGCGGAUGCGGAAAAACCACUAUGUUGUCCUGCAUCGUCGGAAUUCGAUAUUUCGACAGCGGAGAGUUAUGGGUUUUGGGAGGAACUCCGGGCAACAAGGACUUCGGCAUCCCCGGGCCUCGAGUGGGUUACAUGCCGCAAGACAUCGCUUUGGUUAAAGAGUUCUCUGUGAGCAAUGCCUUCUAUUACUUCGGCAGGAUCAAUGGGCUCGAUGAUAAGGAAAUCGAGGCAAAACUGACUUUUUUCUCGAAAUUACUUCAAUUACCCCCAUUGAAUCACCUGGUGAAAAACAUGAGUGGUGGUGAGCAAAGACGGGUCUCUUUUGCCAGCGCCUUGAUACAUAAUCCUGAACUUCUAAUUCUGGAUGAACCCACUGUGGGUUUAGAUCCAAAUUUAAGGAAGGAUAUUUGGGAUUACCUGAAGAAGCUCACGCAGGAAAAAGGUGUUACUGUGCUAAUAAGCACACAUUAUAUCCAUGAAACUGCAGAGGCUAAUAAAAUCGGUUUAAUGAGACAUGGUAAAUUGCUGGCGGAAUCGGCACCGUGUGAUUUGCUGACGCAAUUUCAUUGCAUGUCUUUAGAGGACGUUUUCUUGAAAUUGUGCAAAGAACAAAACAAGGCGAAUGAAAGGUAUCGGCGAUUAUCGGAGGUCACGAGUAACAACGUGUUGUAUCAAGAUAGAUACAGGCCAACAGAAGGAAUUUCGGAGUGCAAAACAAAUCCGAAACGUCAUGUUUCGCGAUUAAAGAGGUUGAAAGCACUACUAAGCAAAAACGGCAUUCACUUUUUGCGUAAUUACCCAAGCUUAAUCCUCGCAAUUUGGAUUUCUAUAUUUCAAGCCAUUUUAUAUGUUAUGGCAUUUGGUGAGGACCCUAAAGGCAUCAAUAUUGGGAUUGUCAACAAAGAAGCUGGCAACUGCGAAUUUAACAGCAAUUAUAGCAAAGUUUGGAAUGACGGAAAGACUUGCCAUUUCGUUAAUCUCAGCUGCAGAUUUCUACAUAGUUUUGAUAAUUCCAUUGCAAAAAAGGAAUAUGUUGACUUUUCUGAAGCAAAAUUUGAUGUGAAAAAUAGAAAACUCUACGGUGCAACAUAUUUUAAUCAAAACUUUUCCGAAAGUCUGCAAAAGCGAUUGGAAGAGGGUAAUUUCGUGAGCGAUUCCGUCCUUUAUGGUAGUGAAAUUCAAGUUUAUCUCGAUAUGAGUGAUGGUGUAAUUGGGCCUAUUAUACAAAAAAAGUUACUCGACUGUUUUACGAAGUUUUUUGAAGACGUUAUGAGAGAUUGUGGAUAUUCGACAAAAUUGGCAAAUCUGCCCAUUAUAUUUGAAGAUCCUGUAUAUGGUAGGAAUGAUUCCAAUUAUAAAGAUUUCACGAUACCGUCAUCUAUAUUAUCAUUCGCCUUCUUUCUGGCUAUCGCAUUAUCUACUAAUUUGAUAAACUCAGAUCGAUUGGAAGGUAUAUGGGAUCGAAGCAUAGCCCAAGGUGUCAGGACAGAAGAAAUUCUACUAUCUCACAUUCUUAUCCAGAGUUUCAUCGUAGUUAUUCACACUAUUCUAUUAAUGCUCAUAUUUUUUGGAUGGCGUGUGGAUUGUAAGGGAUCAAUAUUCGUCGUAAUCCUCCUUGUAUUUCUUAACGGCUUUUGCGGAUUGAUGUGCGGUUUCGUUAUCUCUGUUUUGUGCAACAAUUAUAUGAUGUCGGGUUUCUGUACGACCGGAAGCUUCGUCCUAUUAUUAGUGUUAAAUGGAUCUUUUUGGCCGUUGGAAGGAAUGCCAAAAUUUCUUCGCUGGUUUAGCAACGCUACGCCAAUUACUUUGUCCUCUACAUCCAUCAGAGCAAUUAUUUAUAAAGGCUCUUCUAUAAUUGAGUGGCAAGUUUUGAUUGGUUUCUUUACAAGUUUAGGAUGGAUAUCAUUUUGUCUUCUUCUGACUAUAUUAUAUUUGAGAUGGGAAGUCUCGUAAUAUAAUAUAGUCACAAGAAGACAAAAUAAAUACAUCAUUUUGUCUUUUUGUGACUAUAUUAUAUUUGAGAUGGAAAGCGUCGUAAUAUUUGGAAAAGAAAAUUCUUUUUUUAAAAAAACAACAGAAGGACGGUGCUCUGAAAAUGAUAUAUAAAACAAGCGCCCCAAGUAUGCUGUUACUAGAGAUUUUGCCCAUCUUUCAUUUUAUCUGUCACAUAAUUUACUGCUCAUCGGAGCACUUAAUUCCUUUCUGAUUUCUGAAUUUCUCAUUACGUUAAUAGUUUAUUGUAUUUUAUAUCCUCUUUUUAUUUUCCAUUGUAUUUUAUACACCUUAAAUAUCUUUUAAAUUUUGCAUUAAAUUACCGCGAUUUUAAGAGAUAGUUUCUCUCAAGUAUUAUACGUAUGUCUUUAAAUUAAUGUUAUUGUAUAAAAUAUAUUUUCUAAAUAUAUAUUUCGACGAAUAUUCGAUUCAUGAUUUUGCCGAAUAAUCGGUAUUUGGUUAAGUACCGAAUAAACUAUUCGUUGCAUCACUAAUACAUUUUGGUUAGUUGAAACAUACCCUGCACUUGUUUGAUGUAAUUUUUCAAAAGAAUUUUCCAAAUAUUACAAGGCUUUCUAUCUCAAAUAUAAUAUAGUCACAAGAAGAAAAACUGAUGUAUUCAUUUUACUUAGUUAAAAUGUACUCUGCAUUAAACAAGUGCAGGGUAUGUUUCAACUAACCAAAAUGUAUUAGUGAUGCAACAAAUAGUUUAUUCGGCACUUAACCAAAUACCGAUUAUUCGGCAAAAUCAUGAGUCGAAUAUUCGUCAAAAUAUAUAUUUAGAAAAUAUAUUUUAUACAAUAACAUUAAUUUAAAGGCAUACAUAUAAUACUUGAGAGAAACUAUCUCUUAAAAUCGCAGUAACUUAAUGCAAAAUUUAAAAGAUAUUUAAAGUGUAUAAAAUACAACGGAAAAUAAAAAGAGGAUAUAAAAUACAAUAAAUUAUUAACGUAAUGAGAAAUUCAGAAAUCAGAAAGGAAUUAAGUGCUCCGAUUAGCGGUAAAUUACGUGACAGAUAAAAUAAAAGAUGGGCAAAAUCUCUAGCAAUAACAUAUUUGGCGCGCUUAUUUUGUAUAUAAUUUUCAGAGAAUCGUCCUUCUGUUGUUCAUACUUUUAUUUAAGUUCGUGAGACAAAUUGGUUUACUAUCAAAAUGAGCAAUUUCAUCUGAAAACAUAAUACUGAAUUAUUGCACACUAUUACAAUAUGUAGAAAUUUUGAAACUACUUAUAGACUUAUUUGUCAUUAGAAUGACUUGGUUCGUCGUCCAAAUAUUAUUAGAGUUUUUGUUAUCAAAGAAUAAUGUGUCGGAAGAAAUCGAUCUUCUUUUUAUUCUCAAUAUUUGACAAUGCUAAACAAAUCCUCUGAUAUAUUAUGUUUACAUUCGUAUUAUUUAUUUUAUAAAAAAAGAAAUUUUAUUAUAAGCAAAUUGUAUAUAUAUAUUGUUAACGCUUUAUUCUAUAUGAAAUUUUGUAUUCUGUAUAUAACAAUACAAUCCAAUUAAAAAAUAAAAAUAUUACGUCUAAUAA